CUGCGUAUUGCGUUAUUUUUUUAUUAAUACGCAACAUACACUCUGUUUCGACACAAAGUUAUUAAGUUGCACCAAAUAUCGAUAUUUAGGUGCGAGAAGAUAUUCAUUUGGAUUUCCCUUGUGAUAUGUGGUACAAUUUGUUCUACAAUUAAACUUUUCUUCUGUUAUUGUAUUGUAAAGUAAAAUGGAGUCUGAUGUGAUCUGUAUAUCAUCAGAAGACGAGAAAACUAGUGAAUCACCACGACGAAAGAUUGCUAAUGAGAAAGGACACAACUUGCCUUCAAUUAGAAAAUUAAAUAAAUCUCUUACAGGAAUAAUAAAUAAUGGUGUAAUUAAGCCAUUGUCUAUAAAUCACGUUAGUAGUUUUCCACAAGAAAAAACAAUAAGCAAUGGUGCUAUUAAUGGUCACAAGGAAUCGGAAAUUAUAAAUAAAAAUAAUAGUAUAAAAAUGAAUGAUUCUCUAUCUGAGAGUGCAAUUUUCCAGACGGGAGAAGUUUCAAUAAUAAAAAGAAAAAGUAACGAAAUUUUAGAAACUUCAUCUCCAUGUCCAAAACGUUUCAAAUUAAUGAAUUCUGAUAAUUCAACAAAUAAAAUUCUAACUGAUGACAAAAAUACAAAUAAUGAAGAAACGAAAAUAAUUGUUGAAAAUAAUGGAAAUUCUUCUAAAUCUGUUGAGAGAAUUUCAUCACCAACACCAGGAUGUUCAUGGUUUCCAGAAGUGGAAAAACCAAAAUUAAUAAUUAAAGAAAAAAAAGCAUUGUACGAUGAUGCAUUUGAUUUAUUUUCAACAUUUAUUGAAACAUGUUUAAAACGAGAUCCCUCAAAUGAUAUGAGGGAAAUUGUGAAAAAAUUGAAAAAACGCCAUGAACGUCUUAAUCCAUCAUUUUCAAAUAGUGAAUUAUUUAAACAAUUACUGAUUGAUAAACAAAAAUUAAUUGAUAUAAAUGAUGAGAAACUUUAUAGUCAUAUAUCAGAAGUAAAUGAUGUUAUGAAAGAGGGUGUGAAAAAUAAUACAAAUAAUACAAUAAAACAAGAGAAAAUUAAAAUAUCAAAUGAAAUUGUGAAAAAUGAAGAAAAUUCACAUGAAAGAAAAAGAAUACGAUCAAAAGUACGUGUUAUUCUUAGUCGUAUUGAAUUAUGUAAAAAAAGAAUAAAAGAACUUGAAGAGAAGGAUGUUGAUUUUAGUGAUGAUUCCGGUAGUACUUAUUUAAUUGAAGAUCGUUAUAAGAGAAAAUUAAUGAAAUUAUGGACCGCCUAUUGUAAAUAUACGGGAGAAAUAGUUGACGCUGGUCGCGCUUAUUUACGACCAAAACACAUUUCAACAACAAUGAUACCACAAGUUGAUCAAGCGAUAAUGAAUUUUAUUAAUUCAAAAAUUAGUCGUCGUAAUGAACUUUUAAAAAAAGGAAAAUCAAUAGCCGAUACAAUUAUUUUUCCCGAUUAUUUAGAUAUUUUAAAUUGUAUUUCACAAUGUAAUGAUAAAAAUAAUUUGAAAUUAUCACGAUCUGAGCAGGAAAUCAAAGCUAAAGAAGCGUUUGAAAAAAUUGGAGAACAUUUGCAAAGAGUACGUCAAAGAGAUUAUUGGGAUACGUUUUCAUUAUUUUUGGAAGAAGAGGACGAUGAUCCUGCGUUAAAAGACGCGUCAUUGUCAGAGAAAUUGAUUCAAAAUCAAGAAAUAGGGAAAAAAAAUAUGGACAAUCUUUUUGAGGAAUUUACCAAAAAACAAAAUAAUAAAGUAACUGAACAGAAUAGUGAAAAUGAGACAAUAGUUUCAAACGAAGAUGACGAGAAUGAUAAAGAGAAUGAGGACGAUGAUGAUGAUGAUGAUAAUGAUAGUGAUGAUAAAAAUGAUGAUGAUUUAACUGAGGAUAAAGAGGGAAACAAUGAAGAUACGGAAAAAGAAGAUUCCGAUAGAGAUGAAAAUAAAUUUAUUAUUGAAAAAGAAAAUCAUGAAAUAUCAUCUAAUGAGAAUAAUAAAAAUUUAUCAAUUGAUGCAAUUAAUGAUAGUCUUCCUCAAAAUGAUUCAUCUGAAGCUAAAGAUUCGACUGACGCCGAUGUGAUUGACAUCGAUGACGAUAAUGCCGACAAGCAACCACUUUUACGUCUUCGUUCAUUUGCAAAACCACCAACAUCCUGGAAGGAUUCCCAAGGAUCGUCAGGUGAUAGUUCAAUGCAAUUAAAAAAACACCACACAAGUCCAACUCCAGUUAUAAGAAAAUUUGUCACAUCAACACCGAAGAUUUCUUCUUCUUCUUCAGUCACUAAAUUAUCACCAACACUUGUUGAUUUAACAUCAGAGAAAAAGGAUGAGUCACCAUUAAAAACAUCGACUGUUACAAAAAAAUUUAAAACCGUAAUGCUUCCUCCAAAUUUUAAAGGAAAACAAAUUAUAAGUGUAAAAAAUAUAACGAACAAUUAUAAUGUUGUUAAUGGACCAGGUAAUGAAUUACCAGCUCGUGUUCUUACAUCGGUAAGAAUGCGCGUUAAUCAAGUUCCUGAUAAAAUAAUGCCAGUUCAAGUUUUACCAAAAUCAAUUGUUGGCAAACAAUUGGUUGCUAAUAAACAAAUAGUUGGUAAUAAACAAAUAAUCUAUCAAUCAAAUGGUAAUCAAAAAAUAUUAAAUCCAUUGGGUAAAAUUGUUCGUGUAAAAAGUGUUAUGCCAACAAAUAAUGAUAUGAAAGUGAUAAAAAUGAUUAAUGAAACGCAAAAAGUUUCAACAACAACAUCGUCAACAACAACGCCCGUUGUACAAAAACAACGAGUCGCACAAACAAAUUCAAAUGAACAAAUUAAAUUCCCAAGGUACGAUCAUCAGUAUUCGAAAAAAAUUGUCAACAAUAUUGUUCGAAUUAUAAAGCCAAAUGAACAAAAUCUUCAUCAAAUUGAUCCAAACAAAGUGGUGAGAAAAACUUGAUUUCAAAAAAAAAAAAAAAUAAUAAAUAUUGUUUAAGAAUUAUAUUUGUUACAAAUAGAUUAUUGUUAGAUAUUACGCACAUAACGAUUUUUUUUUUAAGAAAGAAAAUCGUGAACUGAAUGAUAAAAUUUUUGAAGUGA